UGGCACUUACGGUUGGGACUUUGGGAAAAAGGCUUUGAUUAAAGUUUGGUUCGAGAGAACACGAACAACGGCAACCUUGCACAGCACAACGCACCGACUCAAAGAAGUAAAAGUGCAGAAUUAGAAUUGAACAUCCUCAGUUAGAGAGAGAGAGAUAUGGCGGACCGUUUCUUCCCAAACGAAAUGCCAGACUUCGUAGCAGAGGACGAAGCAUCCUCAGCCUCUGGAAGUGGAGGACCCAAUGACUCACUCACGAAACUCCUCCAUCUUCCCUACAAAACGCUCUCCCACAAACUCCAAAAAUCAGCUCUCGACCUCAAACAAAUGGUGGUGAGGGAGACAUGGGGACUGAGUCCGAGUGGGAAGCGUGUGAAUGAUUUCACACUGUACACUGGUGCUCUUGGGACUGCUUUUCUGCUUUUUAAAUCUUACCAACUCACCAAAGAUGCCAAUGAUCUUAAGUUGUGCUCUCAGAUUGUCAAGGCUUGUGAUUCAGCUUCUGCAGAUUCAGGGCGUGUGACAUUUAUUUGUGGAAGGGCUGGUGUUUGUGCUCUUGGGGCUUUGACAGCAAAGCAUGCUGGUGAUGAAAGACUGCUUGGGCACUACUUAAGACAAUUUAAAGAGAUCAAACUGCCUAGUGAUUUGCCAAAUGAAUUAUUAUAUGGGAGAGUAGGGUUCUUGUGGGCCUGUUCAUUCUUAAAUAAGCAUGUUGAUAAAGAUACCAUAUCAGCUGCCCGAACAAAACCUGUUGUGGAUGACAUAAUAAAGGCUGGUAGACGAAUGUCAAGCAAGGGAAAAUGUCCAUUGAUGUAUGAAUGGCAUGGGAAGAAGUACUGGGGUGCUGCCCAUGGACUUGCAGGGAUUAUGCAUGUUUUGAUGGACAUGGAACUGAAACCAGAUGAGUUGGAGGAUGUCAAGGGCACACUGCAUUAUAUGAUAAAGAAUCGUUACCCUAGUGGCAAUUAUCCUUCAAGUGAAGGAAGUGAAUCAGACCGUCUAGUGCAUUGGUGCCAUGGUGCUCCUGGGGUUGCCCUUACACUUGUGAAAGCAGCUGAGGUUUUUGGAGAUAAGGAGUUUCUUCAAGCAGCUGUGGAUGCAGGGGAGGUUGUAUGGAACCGGGGUAUACUUAAGCGAGUGGGAAUAUGCCAUGGCAUAAGUGGGAACACCUAUGUGUUUCUUUCUCUCUACCGAUUAACAAGUAAUGUCGAGUACUUAUACAGGGCAAAAGCAUUUGCUUGCUUUCUGCUUGAUAGAGCACAAAAACUUAUAUCAGAGGGAAAGAUGCAUGGAGGUGAUCGCCCCUAUUCACUUUUUGAAGGUAUUGGAGGAAUGGCUUAUCUUUUUUUGGACAUGACUGAACCAUCUGAUGCCAGGUUCCCUGCGUAUGAACUUUAAGAUGCUUUUGAUAUAAUAAAUGAAUCGAAGUACAUGUAAAUGUCAACUUUUGUGUAUAUUGUGACUCUUUAGAUAUGAAAAUAUAGUUAACUUGUAAAUUGGCUCCUAA